CGAAGGAGACUCGUUCUUUCAGUGGAUUGUUCCAAAGCCGUGUACAGUCAGCUUUCCAACGUCUCGCUCUGUUACAUUAAGUUGUCAUUUGCGUGGAGUACACAGAAUUUAUCCACGAGUUUUUAAUCAGACAAUAGAAGAUGCUCCCCGCACAUUUAAUAUAGAAGCUGCUUUGUUUAAUUUUAUAUGGUACAUGGUGAAAAUGCCUGAAAGUCUCACAUCUGAUGAUGAAGAGGAUCUUGUUGACAGUUAUCUAAAUACUGCUCAGAGGGAUAUACUCAGAAUUUGGAUACUUGAUCCUGAAAAAGCUUCUUCUACAGAAUUGAAUAAUAAAGCUGAAUUUCCUUCCCUGCACCUUCAUCUUUAUCACAAGAAGGACUACAGGAAUUCAAAAAACUAUACAGCAGAACUAGAAGCAACAAGUGGGGUUUUAUCUGUGGAAUUCCAAGUCAAUCGUAUCGAAUAUUCUUGUGAGUCUUCAGCAAUGAGGGUCGCCCAUGUUGCUGUGGGUUGUCCUCCAAAUAAACAUAUAACUGUAGUAAGACCCGGUAUAAGUGAAUGCGCAUUCAAACAUAAGAAAAGGAUGAUGGUUCCUAGAUCAGUUUUAAGAGAGCCCUCAACAAAAGAUCUGGAAUAUACAUACAACAUAGUGAAAUAUGGUUGUCCCAUUCGAGUUCAUUAUAAGUCUCCUUUCAAGCCAACUAUAGAGCUGUAUUUGGGUUUAAAGUACUUGGGAGUUGUACAUGCCAAUUACAUCAUCUGGGAAGAGCAUAGUAGGACAGAUUUUUUUUAUAAUGCCACAAUGGAGCAGGUUGGUUGCCUACGUGAAGCACAAACUUGGGAAUCUAUGUUAAGCCGUUCUGGUAGUUAUAAACACAUAAGCGAUGCCUGGGGUCCAGAGUUUCUGUAAACUCACAGCUCAUUUUGCUGUAGAAACCUAUGGAGUGGUCAUCAGGAAGGACAGCACAAUGGUUUUAUCUUUGGUAUGGUCCUUUAUAUUCAUUCUACUCUCCAGCUUUGCUUACAGC